UGCAUCUCGGCUAGUUCUGAUUGCGAUCGGUUUGAGUGUGUGCGAUUCCAGAGGAUGGGUGCACCAGCCAACGAGAACUUAUCAAUAUGCUCCCGAACUCACACUCACGUCCAUCGAAAAAGCGGGUAUUCAGCAAGUCAGCCAACUAGUUUCCAAUCCCGCCGAUGACGGAAGAGUUACUGCACAAUACUUGCUGGUUCUUCUUUUGAAGCUUACAAGGGAAUAUGAAAAUCUGGAACAGAAUUUCAAAAUUCAGGCCAAUCUUGUAGACAGUCUAAGAAAGUACGAGAUGCAAAGCAAAGGACUCAAUCGGAUUAAAAGCCAGCAAAUUAAAGAAAUGCAAGAAGCCUUACAGCAAUGCUCGAAAAAUCAAGAAACAAAACCCAUUCAAGAUGCAAGUUUAAACAGCGUUAAAAUUCAAGAACAAAAUCCAGUCCAAGAAGUGAAUUUAAACAACUGCAAAAACCAAGAACAAAAUCCAGUUCAAGAAGUAAAUUUAAACAACUGCAGGACAGAACUGAACCAAACUGCAGCGAUGAUAACCAGUUUAAGAUCGCAAUAUGAGACCUGUGAAAAACUGGUUGAAAACCUCAAAAGAGAACAACUAGAAAAGUCAUCAACUACCGAAGCACCUCAACCUCUACAGAAUAAUGCAGUUUUAAACCAGAAGGAGCAAAUUAACCUAAGGACAUGCACACAGUUCGAGAACUCAACUGGAGUUCAAUCUGUUAAAGUGCCGACAAUGGGAGAUGUUUCGGUCUUUUGCGACAGCCAAAUAGCCGGAUCUGGUUGGCUGGUUAUUCAGAGGAGACUGGAUGGCAAAACUGACUUUAAUCGCAACUGGACGGAUUAUCGCGAUGGUUUCGGCAAUUUGACGGGAGAAUUCUUCAUUGGGCUAGAGACUCUCAAUCAAAUCACCAAAUCGGAACAGCACGAGUUGUUCAUUCAGCUGGAAGAUUUUGAGGGAGAAAAGAGGUUCGCUCGAUACGAUCGAUUCGAAGUGGGCGACGAGAACUCAUCUUACCGACUUCUGUCCCUGGGAGAAUACUCCGGCAAUGCUGGCGAUGCACUAACCUCAAAUCUUUUGGCCAAAUUUAGCACUAAUGAUCAGGAUACUCAGGACAGGUGCGCCAGUUUGAGCGAUGGAGCCUGGUGGUAUGGCUCUAGAUGUGGUUUUAGCAAUCUGAACGGCGUGUAUUCGGAUGCAGAUACUAUUUACGACUACGAUGGCACCGGAAUCUAUUGGAGCAGCGGGGACUGGCACGACACUUCGUAUUCCUUGAAAACAGUUCAUAUGAUGAUAAGACCCAAGGCGCCUUGAACUAAAAAUACUUUCACUU